AUGAAGGCGACGAUAACGAAGGCGGUCCUGCUGACGCUGCUCAGCAGCGGCGGCUUUGCGGGGGGCGUCCGGGCCGCGGCGAACCUGUGCUUCUUCCCCGGCGGCGUGCAAAGCCACGACGUGCCGUGCGAUCCCAAGGCCGAGGUCAGCAUGUGCUGCGGGAGCGUGAACGCGUGUCUGAGCAACGGGUUGUGCAAGCUCGAUGAUACGACGAAUAAGACGGGUAUUGCGUAUGCGAGGGGGACGUGUUCGGAUCCGACGUGGCAGAGUCCCAUUUGUCCGCAAAAUUGCGUGUUGAACCCCGACACGAGGAAAAGCAAAUCAGCAUACGACUUUAGAUUCAACGGCGUUCAGGUAUGGCAAUGCGACAGCCAAGGGUUCGGCGUACCGGGCAAGUUCUGCUGCGAGUCGGCCGCGGAGAAGACGCGAUGCUGCAGCACGCCGGCCGCCAUCUUUGGCCCUCUCAUCGCCGCGACGCCGGGCAACGCCGCCGCCGUCCAGACCCUCAACACGGGCGCCAAGUCCACGCCCACACACUCGGGAUCGGCCCGCGCCGGCGUGACGGGGGGCAGCAAUUACCCAUCACAGCCGAUGCCCGAGAUGACGGCCGUGCCGACGAUAAGCAGCAAGAUACCCGCCACGCCCGGAGGCGCGGGGGCGAGCCAGCCGACUGGCGAUACGAAUAGCGGCGGUGGCGGCGGCGGCGGCAAUCAGGACAACGGACAAAGGGGGAUCGGGAACGCGGCGGUCGUCGGGCUGGCUGUUGGUGCUAGCAUCGGGGGUGCGUUGCUUGUGGCGGCGGGGGUGAUGUGGUACCUACGCAAGGAGAGGUCUCGUCAGGGUCACGUCGAGCUCGAUGGGUCCAGCACCAAGGGCGGGUUCCGCGGCAGCAGCGGGGCGGCGAGUGACCUGUCGGGGUCCGACACGGGACGCCUUGCGUACGCGGAAUUCGGCGGCGGCGGCGGCGGCGGCGGCGGGGAGGCGAGUGACCUGUCGAGGUCCGACACGGGACGCAUCGCGUACGGCGGGAUGAACAUUCACAAUGUGAAUCACAAUAGCGGCGGUACGGGGACGAUUAGCUCCAUGGGGACGGGGACGUAUAACAUGACGCCUGGGAUGAUGCCUGUGAGGAGGGCGAGCAGCGAGUGGGAUGGGAGUCCUGGCGGGCUGGGGGGCAACUAUCAGAUGGCUGAGAUUGAUGGCAAGGAGGCGAUUGUGGUUGCCGAGCCGCAGGCGAGGAAGAAGAGCUUGUAUGAGCUGCCGUAG